GGGGGGUGGGGAGUGUUGCUUUAUUGGUCAGUGAAUUUGGUGGACUCAGAAACACAAGCAAUUAAGCGAAGGAAAGCAAAGUUGAGGAUUCAUUUUCCAAACAAAAAGACCAAACGGGCAACGGAUGUAAAUGUAGUAGUCUGUAGAUGGUAUGUAUGUGUAUGAUCAAAGGAUCAACACCACUUGACUCAAAUCAAGACUUCUUUUUUUUUUUUGUUCUUCUACCCAAAAAUGGGCUCCUCUCAGAUUCAUCAUUACUUCUUGGAUCUAAAGCAAAGCUCAUAAUUCAUGUCAUGGCUGCCCCUCUCUCUACUCCUUCCUCCAUCUCUGUAAACUUUUCAACCUAAACACCCAAAAACCCCAGCCAGGCCCUCUCCACACCCACCCAGAUAUAAGGUUUGGAGCACAAGUAUAACUACGAUGCUUAAGCAAAUUCUGGGGAGACUCCCGCGGAAAACAUCAAAAUCUGAUUCUUUAGACUCUGCCGGGAGCAAUUCUUCUGGCAAUGGUGGUCUCAACUUUGGCAGUGGAAUCCAAUUUACCAACAGUUGCAAUGUUGUGUCGGCCAGAUUGAAUGUGGUUAAACGGAUGUCUUCGGCGAUUUUCCCAUCCAGUAAUGGUACCGUAGUGGAAAUGGUGGAACCCCAUAUAUCUUUCAAAGAUAUUUCGAAUUCAGAGAAACAGAACCUAUUCAUCAGCAAGUUAAACCUAUGUUGUUCGGUAUACGAUUUCAACAACUCCGGUAAGAACUGCGAGGAGAAAGAUGUUAAACGGCAGACCCUGGUAGAACUUGUUGAUUUUGUUGCUUCUGGAUCUGCAAAAUUCAACGAACAGGCAAUUGCUUCGACGUGCAAAAUGUGCGCGAUUAACCUUUUUAGAGAUUUUCCACCCAAGUGUAGGUCUUAUGCUGCUCGGGGUGAAACUGAAGACGAGGAACCGAUGUUUGAUCCUGCUUGGUCACAUUUGCAGCUCGUUUAUGACCUACUCCUUCGGUUUGUAGGUUGCAAUUCUCUUGAUGUAAAGGUAGCGAAAAAGUACGUAGACCAUUCUUUUGUUUUAAGAUUACUUGACCUAUUCGAAUCAGAGGACCCAAGGGAAAGAGAUUGCUUAAAAACCAUACUGCAUCGGCUUUAUGGGAAGUUCAUGGUGCAUAGGCCUUUCAUUCGAAAAUCUGUCAGCAACAUUAUCUACCGUUUUGUUUUUGAAACCGAGCGUCACAAUGGAAUUGCUGAGUUGUUGGAGAUUUUUGGAAGUAUAAUUACCGGGUUUGCUGUACCUUUGAAGGAGGAACACAAAAUGUUCCUGUGGCGAGCUCUGAUCCCUCUGCACAAACCUAAAUCAAUCGGUGCUUAUCAUCAACAGUUAACCUAUUGUGUUGUACAGUUCGUAGAAAAGGAGCCGAGAUUGGGCAGCAUGGUGAUCAAGGGGUUGUUGAAAUAUUGGCCCGUGACAAGUAGCCAGAAGGAGUUGAUGUUCUUGAGCGAGGUGGAAGAGCUUUUGGAAAAAAUUAACACAGCAGAGUUUGAAAAGAUCAUGGUCCCAUUAUUCCGCCGGAUAGCAUGCUGCCUCAAUAGCUCCCAUUUCCAGGUGGCUGAAAGAGCACAUUUCCUAUGGAACAAUGACCACAUCCUAAAUUUUAUCAUGCAAAACCGGCAGGUGAUUCUGCCUCUCAUCUUCUCAGCUCUGGAGCGAAACACCCAAAGCCAUUGGAACCAGUCGGUGCUCAACCUGACACAAAAUGUUAGGAAAAUGUUCUACGAGAUGGAUGAAGAGCUCGUGCUCACCUGCCAAGGCAAGUUUGAGGAGGAAAACUCGAAGCUGAGCGUUGCAGCUGAGAGGCGACGAUUGACAUGGGAGCGCCUGGAAACGGCUGCUGCUUUUCAACCCGUUGCUCACGGUAACCUCAGAGGUCUGGUAAAACCUGCUGCCUGCGCGGUUGCAUGCUAAUAAGUGGUUAACCUAUGGCCUUGCGUUCAAGCUUCUCCUAGUACUAAGAUGCUGCAUUUGGGAGAUUGAAAGCAGUAUAAGAAGGCUGAAAAGCCUUUAUUGUAACAUAUGAAGUGUUUAUUGAAAUAUGAACACAUUUGGGAUACCAAUCGUUAGGAUUGUAUUUGCUAAGCUGGGUUGAGAGAAGUGGUGGUGCUACAGCUAGCUGAUAAGUUCUGAGGGCUCUUUGUUUUGUGCCCUCCUUUUUUUUCUCUCUGUCUCUCCCUCUCUCUCUUUCUUUUUCUACUUAAUUAUCUCUCCCUAGUUGUUAGGAAGAUGGAGAGCAUGUUGUCUUCCUCUUGGAAAUUACAGCAAGAAUGUCCAGGCUGUUUGUUUC